AUGGAUCCCAACAUGGACUACGACUUCUGGCUGUUCCCUUACCCCGAAGAAUGUUUUGCACCCAUUCCUUUAAGUCUUCAACCUUCUCACCAGGGAGGCAACAUACCAUACGAGACUCGUGUCUGCGGUUGCAGAAACGCCUGUAUGAGAGUAACAGAUCCAACAAAUGUUUUGGAAGGCCCUGAGAUAAAGCGGCAUUUGCUAAAUCGGUCAGGCCAGCAUCACUUCACGCCACAAGUCUCUACUUUCCACGGGCCUAUCGACAUUAAACCUUACUUGGAAACACAGGUGUAUGGAGCUACGACAGAACUAUUAUCAAAGACAGACUUUCCACUGAGAUCUUUUGAGCCGAAGGUGCAAAUUCCAUAUGAAGUGCUGCCUGGACAGUGCCCACGCAAGCUAGAGAUCGAGAGGCGAAGGCGACAGUACCUAAGCCAGAAUAUCGUUACUCUGCUUACAUUCGAGGGAAUCAAUUCAAACAAGCUUAUGCCACGCCACUCUGGACCGGAGAAGUAUCGCAGCAAGGGUGGCAAGAAUCCGCCCCAAUUCACCGUAUACCUUCCUUUAGAGGUGUUUGAUGAUGAAGAAUUUGAUUGUCGAACACCAGCAGAAUGGUUAUCACUUGGCUAUGAGGAAGGAUCUACAAUCAGAAAACCUGUGCCAGGAAAAGCACUUCUCCCUAAAGAAGACGAGUUAGGACAUGAUGAUCCCAAGAAUGAUGAUCUUCUCUACAAGUGGUAUGUUGUUGGAGUGCUGGAUUAUGACAAGGAAAAGAAACUCUAUCUGGUACAAAAAACAGACAACUAUGGCUUAGUCCGUGACACAGAAAACCAACCAGUGCUGAAUGGAGGGAUAAUGGAAAAUGGAGAGAGGCUGGGGUUACCAUAUCAGUACUGGAUACCACGGGUCAGGCUGAUGUUCUUUGCAGAGGAUCCCUCUCUAUUUGUGAAGCGAGUGACAAAGGCUCACUUCCUGCGACAGAAGACUGAAGCUCUGCUGUUAUACAACCUGUACAUUGACUGCAUGCCAAUCGAUGGCCUGAGGUCUAUAAGUGAAGACAGCAUUUCCAAGAUGAAGCAGUGGGCCACAAGUACUCCUGGAUUCCGAGAUAAAUCUCUGUUAGCGGACUAUUUGAAUAAUGUAGAACAAGAGGUUUAUCUAGAAUAUGACCGAACAAUGAAUAAAAUUACUUUUGACAAGAUUGUGUCAUCCGAUCCUAAACAGUUUUCUCAUGUCACGCUUCCAGAUGAAGUGAAAAUGAAAGUUCCAUACAGAGGGCUUAUAGAGCUGCCAGACUACCCAUUCAAUGAAAACCAACACAAAUUUGCUUUUAACACUCUUUUGACCAAGUCCGAGGUAAUCACAUCGCUGUCAAAAGUUCAUGCCGAGUGCAACAAGGUGGCAGCCAUGUCUCUCUUCUAUGUGACUCUUGUAAAAAGCAUUCGAUUGGAGGAGUUUGAACAGAUCCAGUCGCAGGCGCACGCUCAGAUGCAGCUGUUUCUCAGUGACAGUUGGAUCAACACACUGAAGAAAGCUCUACGUGAAAGCCUAUGGGAUGUACGCAAGGGCUGGUUUAACCUCCGUGAGUCCAACUGGGAGGUUUAUCGCAUGUCUAAGCUGCACAAAUUGAUGGAGAUGAUCAAGUACAAUCUUCAAGAUUCUCUCCGAUACCUUGUGCAAGACUCCCUCACAAACUUUACCCAACUGUUUCUUGAUGCCUGCUAUAGUUCCCUCAAUUGCUCUGAAGACAUGGACUGGGGAGAUGAUCUCAUCAAUAGCAAUUUCAAGCCCAAGAAGAAUGCUCUUUUCAUUAUGGACCUUAUUCUGGAUCAUACGGGUGUACAUUUUAGCACUCAAUUGGAGAAAUUUGAAAUUGUUCUUCUUACACUGUUUGAUAAAGCGAUCACGGCCACACAGAACGUUCCUCAGAUAGAAAAGUUUAUCCUGGAGGAAAUGUUUCUGAGCGGGACCCCGCUGCUGGAGUCUGUGUGGCAUAAUGAGCCCCCCGUCAAGGAGCUACGCAAUACCCUGCGUAAUGCAAUUCAGAAGUCACUGAUCCCUCUGAGAAGCUAUGCCAAGCAGUUUGAGAAACACCUGGAGCUGAAUGAAAUGGAUAUUGACAGUUACAUCAGCAAAUUCAGUAGCCAGGAACCAGCAGCUUUUGAGGUGAGCCAGGUGGUGGCAAUGCAUUUGGAGGAAAAAGAGAAGAUCGACAAUAGUCUCCCUAAUACCAUUGUCAUUGGACCUUUUCUUAUCAACGUGGAGGGUGUACGCAACAAUUUGUCCAAGAAGCGCAAGGCCUUAGCUCAGGCAGUGCUGAAAAUGUACGCCAAAGAUCUGCAAAAGCAAAUAUCUGAGAUGAAUGAUGAGUACAGAGAGAUUAAUAGGAAGCUGUAUGAGAAGGCCAACACAAUUGAAGAACUGACAGAACACCGGGAAUGGAUGAAGAGAGUUCCUGAACAGCUGCGAGAGAAAGAGGAGAUAACAAACAAAAUAGUUGAAGAUUACAACCUUUUUGAUGAAUUCUUUUACAAUCUUUCGCAAGAUGAUUUUGAAGCCAAGUGGACCGCCAUUGGUUCCCCACAUACAAUCCUGACACGUAUGGAGAUGAUUCAGAUGCAGCACUUGGAAGAGGAAGAACGUUUCCGUAAAAUCCAAUUAUCAGAUCAAAGCAACCUGCAGGAGCGAUUUGAAGGGCUCCAGAUGGCAGUGGCCGCAUUUCCUGCUCAUGUUGACAUAAAUAGAGCACAUGAGAUUGCCAACGAGGUGCGACGUGUCCACAAGCAGUUGAUCGAGUCGCAGCAACUGGCUCAGCUCUAUAACAACCGCGAGAGACUUUUUGAGAUGCCUGUCACCAAUUAUGACAAGCUUCUCAAGCUGAUCAAAGAGUUCCAGCCGUUCCGAGAUCUAUGGACCACAACGUCCGACUGGCUCCGCUGGUAUGACAGCUGGAUGAACGAUCCUCUGACAACCAUUGAUGCAGAACAAGUGGAAAAGAAUGUAAAUGAGUCAUUCAAGGUUGUGCAUAAAUGUGUCAGACAGUUUAAGGACAUUCCAGGAUGUGCACAAGUGGCACAAGACAUCCGAGGGAGGAUUGAGGAGUUUAAGCCGUACAUCCCGCUGAUCCAAGCCCUGCGUAAUCCUGGCAUGCGGAACAGACACUGGGAACUGCUGUCAGAGCAAAUUAAAGUCACUGUCAAGCCCAAAGCGAACCUGACCUUUGCAAAAUGUCUACAGCUCAAACUGCAGGACCAUGUGGAGAUCAUUGCCAAAAUGGCAGAAAUAGCGGGAAAGGAGUACUCCAUAGAGCAGGCACUGGAUAAGAUGGAAGCUGACUGGUCAGAUGUUUUAUUCGAUGUGAUGCCGUACAAACAAACAGGAACAUUCAUCUUAAAAAGUCCAGAUGACGCUUCCCAGCUCCUAGAUGAUCACAUUGUCAUGACUCAGAGCAUGUCCUUCUCGCCAUUUAAAAAGGAAUAUGAGGGACGUAUAAGCACUUGGGAAGGCAAACUUCGUAUGACACAGGAAGUGCUGGAGGAGUGGCUGCAGUGUCAGAGGUCAUGGCUUUAUCUGGAACCUAUCUUUAGUUCUGCUGACAUCAAUAGACAGCUCCCAGUGGAAAGCAAGCGUUAUCAGGCUAUGGAGCGCUUGUGGAGGAAUAUUAUGAAGAGUGCAAAUGAAAACAGACAGAUUAUUGACCUUUGCCCUGAUGGAAGGCUCUUGGAGAACCUGCGGGAAUGUAACAAACUGCUGGAGCUGGUGCAGAAAGGGCUGAGUGAAUAUUUGGAGACAAAGAGGGCUUCUUUCCCAAGAUUCUACUUCCUCUCAGAUGAUGAGCUGCUAGAGAUCCUGUCUCAAACCAAAGAUCCCACUGCUGUCCAGCCUCACUUACGCAAGUGUUUUGAAAAUAUAGCCCGAUUGAAGUUUCAGGAAGACCUCAACAUCACACACAUGUACUCAGGAGAAGGCGAGGAGGUAGCAUUUGUGAAAACCAUCUACCCCACAGGCAACGUAGAGGACUGGCUGCUCAACGUAGAGAGAGUCAUGAAGGCAAGCGUGAAGGAUAACAUCGAGAGGUCACUGAAAAUCUAUAACACGAUUCCUCGUACAGAGUGGGUCCUGAGCUGGCCUGGACAGGUUGUCAUUGCUGGCUGUCAGAUUAACUGGACCAUUGAGGUAUCUAAAGCACUGGGAGUGGGCAAGGUGGCCUCUAAGCUCUAUCCACACCUCAGCACUCAGCUGAACGACCUGGUGGCCCUGGUACGAGGAAAGCUGACCAGGAUGCAGAGGGCAGUGCUGUCAGCGCUGAUUGUGAUUGAAGUACAUGCCAAGGAUGUUGUGUCUAAACUGAUGGAUGAACGAGUGCAGAGCAUCAAUGAUUUUGAGUGGAUCAGUCAACUCCGGUACUACUGGACACGGAAUGACCUGUACGUGUGUGCUGUGAACGCUGAGUUUCUUUAUGGGUACGAGUACUUGGGGAACAGUGGCCGGCUGGUGAUAACCCCACUCACAGACAGGUGCUACUUAACACUGACUGGUGCUCUGCACCUGAAAUUUGGGGGUGCUCCUGCUGGCCCUGCGGGGACUGGGAAAACAGAAACCACUAAAGACUUGGGGAAAGCACUUGCCAUACAAACUGUGGUCUUCAACUGCUCUGACCAGCUGGACUUCCUGGCAAUGGGGAAAUUUUUCAAAGGUUUGGCCAGCUCUGGGGCCUGGGCCUGUUUCGAUGAGUUUAACCGUAUAGAUGUUGAGGUCUUGUCAGUGGUGGCACAGCAGAUUACUACAAUCCAGAAAGCUCAGCAGCAGAGGGUUGAUCGAUUCAUGUUUGAGGGAAUUGAGAUAGCCCUGGUUGCUUCCUGCGCUGUAUUUAUUACUAUGAACCCAGGCUAUGCUGGCCGUACGGAGCUGCCCGAUAAUCUGAAGGCGUUGUUUAGACCUGUAGCCAUGAUGGUGCCCGACUAUGCCAUGAUCGCAGAGAUCUCACUCUAUUCCUUCGGUUUCAACAACGCCAAGGUCCUGGCAAAGAAAAUCACCACAACUUUUAAGCUUUCCUCUGAACAACUCAGCUCACAGGACCACUAUGACUUUGGGAUGCGAGCUGUGAAAACUGUGAUCUCGGCAGCAGGUAACCUGAAGAGAGAAAAUCCUCUGAUGGACGAGGAGUUGAUCUGUCUGAGAGCCAUCUGUGACGUGAAUGUUCCCAAGUUCCUGCAAGACGACCUUAAGCUCUUCAAUGGUAUUGUGUCAGACCUCUUUCCCAAAAUCAAGGAAGAACCCAUUGACUACGGCAUUCUGGAACAGUCCAUUCGCAAGACAUGCCUGUCCAAAAAUCUCAAGGAUGUUGAUGCCUUCGUGACCAAGUGCAUUCAGCUGUAUGAGACCACGGUGGUUCGGCAUGGACUGAUGUUGGUGGGUCCAUCUGGCUCUGGAAAGACUAAGUGCUAUGAAGUUCUUGCAGCGGCGAUGACAGCAUUGAAAGGACAGCCAUCGGUCAGCGGCGGCAAUUACGAGGCUGUAAAUGUCUUUGUUCUGAACCCAAAGUCCAUCACUAUGGGGCAGCUGUAUGGAGAGUUCGAUCUUUUAACUCAUGAAUGGACAGAUGGCAUCCUGUCAUGUCUGAUCCGAGCCGGAGCGGCGGCCACGGACCAGGUGAAGAAGUGGUACAUGUUUGAUGGGCCGGUGGAUGCCGUGUGGAUCGAGAAUAUGAACACAGUGUUGGACGACAACAAGAAACUGUGUCUGAGCUCAGGAGAGAUCAUGAAACUGUCUGAGGUGAUGACAAUGAUGUUCGAGGUGCAGGACCUCGCGGUGGCCUCUCCGGCCACAGUGUCCCGCUGUGGGAUGGUCUACCUGGAGCCCAGUAUCCUGGGGGUCCGGCCCUUUGUGGAGUGUUGGCUGAAAGCCAUUCCCAAGGUGAUGAAACGCUACCUGGACAAGUUGGAUUCUCUAUUCAACAGGUUUCUGGAGGAUUCCAUUAAGUUUGUGCGGAUGUCAGUGAGGGAGGUGAUUACGUCAGUGGACAGCAACCUUACCUUCAGCCUCCUCAAGCUCAUUGACUGCUUAUUCAACCCCUUCAUAGGAAAAGAGGGUGAGAGGGGUCUCCCGGAUGAGAAGAUGAACCGUGUGGAGGAUCUGAUCGAGCCCUGGUUCAUUUUUUCGCUGGUCUGGAGUGUUGGUGCUACCGGUGAUGCUGAAAGCUGGGUUCUCUUCAGCAAGUGGAUGAGAGAAAAGAUGGAGCUGGAGAAAAUUGAGCUGUGCUUCCCUGAGGAGGGCCUGGUGUUUGACUACAGACUGGACGAAGCUGGAAUCAUAAGCAAGGCAGAUGAUGACGAGGAUAUCAUUCAAGAAAUCCAGUGGGUGAAGUGGACAAAAUCAUCACCAAGUGUAACUAUCACCCCGGACACCAACUACUCUGACAUCAUCGUUCCCACGCAGGACACCAUCCGCACCUCCCAUGUCCUAAUGAUGCUCCUGAGCAACAAGAAGCCGGUGCUGUGUGUGGGGCCAACAGGGACUGGGAAGACACUGAACAUCUCAGACAAGCUGCUUAAGAAGAUGCCGCUGGAAUACAUCUCCCACUUCCUCAUCUUCUCAGCUCGGACAUCAGCUAACCAGACUCAGGACUUCAUUGACAGCAAAGUAGAUAAAAGACGGAAAGGUGUGUUUGGGCCACCGCUUAGCAAGUAUUUUAUAUUUUUCAUCGAUGACCUGAAUAUGCCGGCCCUGGAUACGUACGGAGCUCAGCCCCCCAUUGAGAUUCUGCGGCAAUGGAUGGAUCAUGGCGGCUGGUACGACAGGAAGCAGAUAGGAAGCUUUAAACAACUGCUGGAUAUUAACUUUGUGUGCGCGAUGGGUCCUCCAGGGGGAGGUAGGAACCCAAUUACUGCCCGCUUCACCCGUCACUUUAACUACUUGUCCUUCACUGAAAUGGAGAACAGCAGCAAACUGAAGAUCUUCUCUACCAUCCUCGGCAGCUGGCUGGAGAAUAAGGAAGAUAUACAGUCUCUGAAUGAGCCUCUUGUCAAUGCAACAAUUAAAGUGUACUCUACCAUCACAUCCCAACUGCUGCCCACUCCGGCCAAGUCACACUACACUUUCAACCUCCGUGACCUAUCCAAGGUUUUCCAGGGAAUGCUCAUGGCUGACAGCUCUAAAACUCAGGACAAGCUGCUGCUGCUUCGGCUGUGGUACCACGAGAACUGCCGUGUGUUCCGGGACCGGCUGGUGAGCGAGGCCGACCGGCUCUGGUUUGACGAGCUGCUGAAGAGUAAGAUGACGGAGUUUGGCACCACAUUUGCUGAGGUGGCACCGGAGCUGCCGAUUCUCUACGGCGAUUUCAUGAUUGUCGGGGCCGAUAACCGGGUGUACGAGUACAUUGAAGACAAGGGGAAGAUGAUGCAGACGAUCCAGGAGUACAUGGAGGAUUUCAAUCAGACCAGUGUGACCAAGAUGAAGCUGGUGCUGUUUAUGGACGCUGUGCAGCACAUCUGCCGCAUCAGCCGCAUCCUGCGGCAGCCCAUGGGCAACGCCCUGCUGCUGGGCGUGGGUGGUAGCGGCCGGCAGUCCCUCACCAAGCUGGCAGCACACAUGGCAGAGUUUGAAUGUUUUCAGAUCGAACUUUCCAAAAACUAUGGCCCCUCGGAGUGGCGUGAGGACGUGAAGGGCAUCCUGAUGAAAGCUGGCAUCCAGAGCCUGCAGGUCACCUUCCUGUUUGUGGACACACAGAUUAAGAGCGAGUCUUUUCUGGAGGAUAUUAACAACAUCCUGAACUCUGGCGAUGUGCCCAAUUUAUAUGCCUUUGAUGAGCAGGAGACGAUUUUCACAGCAAUGAAGCCUGUUGUGCAGGACAUGGGGCAGCAACCAACCAAAGCCAACAUGAUGGCCGCCUACACCAAGCAUGUGCGCAGUAACAUCCACACCGUGCUGUGCAUGAGUCCAAUUGGAGAGGUAUUCCGCGCUCGUCUCCGCCAGUUCCCGGCUUUGAUCACAUGCUGUACCAUUGACUGGUUUAAUGAGUGGCCAGCGGAGGCCCUGGAGUCAGUGGCCAACACCUUCCUGGAAGAGCUGCCGGACCUGAGGGCCGAGGAGGCUGUGACACACGCACUGGUGAAGAUGUGUGUCUACAUCCACCAAACUGUGGCAAUCAAAUCACUGCAGUACCUGUCUGAGCUUUCCCGCUACAACUACAUCACACCCAAGAGCUACUUGGACCUGCUCAGCCUCUUCUCCAAGCUCAUUGGUGUCAAGAAACAAAAGCUGAGAACCAGCAAGAACAGGAUGAAGAGUGGCCUGGACAAGCUGUUGCGAACCUCAGAGGAUGUGGCCAAGAUGCAGGAGGAGCUAGAGUCAAUGAGGCCGCUCCUGGAGGAGGCAGCUCAGGACACAGUGACUACCAUGGAGAAGAUAAAGGUGGACACUGCUAUAGCAGAGGAGACACGCAAAUCCGUCAGCGAGGAGGAGGCAAAGGCCAUGGAAAAGGCAAACAAAGCCCAGGCCAUUGCCGAUGAUGCACAGAAGGAUUUGGAUGAGGCUCUGCCUGCUUUAGAUGCAGCCUUAGCCAGCCUGAAAUCCCUCAACAAAAACGAUGUGACUGAGGUGCGGGCCAUGCAGAGGCCUCCUGUGGGGGUGAAACUGGUGAUUGAGGCCGUCUGUAUCAUGAAGGGAAUUAAACCAAAGAAAGUGCCAGGAGAAAAGCCAGGCACAAAGGUGGAUGACUAUUGGGAACCUGGAAAAGGCCUUCUACAAGACCCCGCCAAGUUUUUGGAUAGUUUAUUCAAAUAUGACAAGGAUAACAUCCCAGACACGGUAAUCCGGCUCAUCCAGCCGUACAUUGAUAAUGAGGACUUCAUGCCUGCCGCCAUUGCCAAGGUCUCCAAGGCCUGCACCUCCAUCUGCCAAUGGGUCAGAGCCAUGCACAAGUACCACUUCAUUGCCAAGGCCGUGGAACCCAAACGGCAAGCGCUGCUGGAGGCUCAGGAGGACCUGGCGGUGACGCAGCAGAUAUUGGAGGAAGCGAAGGCGCGGCUGGCGGGGGUGGAGGACGGCAUCGCUGCCCUGGAGGCCAAGUACCUGGACUGUGUGUCCAAGAAGGAAGAGCUGGAGAACAAGUGUGAGCAGUGUGAGCAUCGGCUUGUGCGCGCUGAUAAACUGAUAAACGGGCUGUCAGAUGAGAAGGUGCGCUGGCAGGACACGGUGCGCAAUCUGGAGUACAUGGUGAACAACGUGUCAGGGGACGUGCUGCUAGCUGCUGGCUGCGUGGCCUAUCUGGGAACAUUCACUGGAGAGUAUCGCACAACCAUGACUGAUGAUUGGUUGCAGAAUUUUAUUGUUUUUGGUGUUCCUCAUACUAAGGAACCUAAUCUGAUCUCCACACUAGCAGACCCUGUCAUCAUUCGCUCCUGGCAGAUUGCAGGCCUCCCGAACGAUUCACUGUCGGUGGAAAAUGGGGUCAUCGCUCAGUACACACAGCGCUGGCCGCUCUUCAUUGACCCACAAGCUCAAGCAAAUAAAUGGAUAAAGAACUUGGAGAAAGAUAAUGGCUUGGACAUUUUUAAGUUGUCUGACCAUGACUUCUUGCGCAGUCUGGAGAAUUCCAUCCGGUUUGGAAAACCGUGUCUGCUGGAAAAUGUGAGGGAGGAGCUGGAUCCGGCCUUGGAGCCCAUUCUGCUCAAACAGACCUAUAAGCAGCAGGGUACAACUGUCAUCCGGCUCGGAGACACAGUCAUCCCUUAUCACGAGGACUUCAAGGUGUACAUCACCACCAAGCUGCCCAAUCCUCACUACACGCCUGAAAUAUCCACACGUGUUACACUCAUUAACUUCACCCUUUCCCCAAGUGGUCUGGAAGAUCAGCUCCUGGGACGGGUCGUGGCUCAGGAGAGACCAGAUCUGGAGGAGGCUAAAAAUCAGCUGAUUAUCAGCAACGCUAAAAUGAAAAAAGAACUCAACGACAUCGAGGAUCAAAUCCUGAACCGCCUCAGUUCUUCAGAGGGCAAUCCUGUGGAUGAUGUGGAGUUAAUUAAAGUCCUUGAAGCCUCCAAAGUGAAAGCUGCAGAAAUCAAGAUGAAGGUGACGAUAGCUGAGCAGACAGAGAAGGACAUUGACACCACACGGUUGCAGUAUGUGCCUGUUGCAGUGCGCACGCAGAUUCUGUUUUUCUGUGUGUCUGAUCUGGCCAACGUGGACCCCAUGUACCAGUACUCGCUUGAGUGGUUCCUCAACAUCUUCAUGUCAGGCAUCGCUAAUUCAGAGCAAGCAGACACUGUAGAGAAGAGGAUCCAUCUCAUCAAUGAGUACUUCACCUUCAGCCUGUAUUGUAACGUGUGCAGGAGCCUGUUUGAGAAGCACAAACUGAUGUUUGCAUUCCUGGUGUGUGUGAGGAUUAUGAUGAACGAAGGAAAGAUCGACAUGGAAGAAUGGCGUUUCCUGCUCACUGGGGGAAGUAUUGAAAAGACAGGCCCAAACCCCGCCUCAAGCUGGUUGUCUCAACGAGCGUGGAGAGAAAUCCAGACACUGGGCAAUCUACAAAUCUUUUCUGACUUUCCCAGCGAGUUUCAAAACAACCUACAAGAAUUUCAGUUUCUCUUCGAUAGUAUUGAACCUCACAGGAUGCUUUUGCCAGGGGUGCUGGGUUCCAGGCUGGAUGCCUUCCAGAGGCUGCUGGUGCUGCGCUGUCUCCGGGCCGAUAAAGUCACCAACGGCAUGCAGGACUUUGUGGCUCUGAACCUCGGACAGAAAUUCAUCGAGCCUCAGGCCUCGGAGCUCUCCUCCAUGUUUAAGGAGUCGGGGCCUGCAGUGCCGUUGGUCUUUGUCCUAUCCCCGGGAACGGACCCCGCCGCAGACCUAUAUAAAUUUGCCGAAGAAAUGAAAUUUUCAAAGAAAAUGAGCGCCAUCUCGCUGGGCCAGGGCCAGGGUCCCCGUGCGGAAGCCAUGAUGCAUAACUCAAUGGAGCGUGGCAAGUGGGUUUUCUUUCAGAAUUGUCACCUGUCGCCCAGCUGGAUGCCCUCUCUGGAGAGACUCAUUGAAACCAUCGACUCAGAUAAGGUGCAUCGGGAUUUCCGGGUCUGGCUGACCAGUUUACCCAGCAAUAGAUUCCCAGUUUCCAUCCUCCAGAACGGCUCUAAAAUGACCAUCGAGCCACCCCGCGGUAUUAAAGCCAACUUAUUGAAGACGUACACCAGUCUGAGUGAUGACUUCCUCAACUCCUGCACUAAGACCUCCAAUUUCAAGGCUCUGCUGCUCUCAUUAUGUCUAUUUCAUGGCAUCACCUUGGAACGCCGCAAGUUCGGGCCACUCGGCUUCAACAUUCCGUAUGAAUUCACGGACGGAGACCUGCGGAUCUGCAUCAGUCAGCUCAAAAUGUUCCUGGAGGAGUACACCGAGCUCCCCUACAAGGUGCUGAAGUACACAGCCGGGGAGAUUAACUACGGCGGCAGAGUCACAGACGACUGGGACCGACGAUGUAUAAUGAACAUUUUGGAGGAUUUUUAUACCCCUGAUGUUCUGGAGGAGAAUUUCUCGUACUCAGAGUCCGGGAUCUAUAAGCAGAUCAGCACGGCCACAGACCUGGAGGGUUACCUGAACUAUAUGAAGUCGCUCCCGAUUAACGACACUCCAGAGAUGUUCGGGCUACAUGAGAACGCCAAUAUCACCUUUGCUCAGAAUGAGACUUUCUCCCUCCUCAACACCAUUCUCCAGCUGCAGCCCAAGGCGUCCACCAGCAGCGGCAAGAGUCAUGACGAGGUGGUGGAGGAAGUGGCUGUGAAUAUCCUGGAGAAGCUGCCAUCUCUCAUCGAUAUCCAGGCAGUGGUGGCCAGGUACCCAGUGAUGUACGAGGAGUCCAUGAACACAGUGCUCAUCCAGGAAGUCAUCAGGUACAAUCGGCUGGUAGAUUGUAUAGUGAAGAGUCUGGAUGACCUGCUAAAGGCGCUGAAGGGUCUUGUGGUCAUGUCCUCACAGCUCGAGCUCAUGUCCAACAGUCUGUACAACAACUCCGUGCCUGAAUUCUGGAACAGUAAGGCCUAUCCCUCGCUGAAGCCCUUGAGCUCCUGGGUGUUGGAUCUUCUGGAGAGAAUCAAGUUCAUCCAGUUGUGGAUCAACGCCGGAAUUCCGCCCGUUUUCUGGAUCAGCGGCUUCUUCUUCCCACAGGCCUUCCUGACCGGCACACUGCAGAACUUUGCCAGGCGGUCUGUCGUCUCCAUCGAUACAAUAUCAUUUGACUUUAAUAUGAUGUCAGAGCCGCUGGAGAAGCUGAAGAAACGCCCGAGCAUGGGCUGUUACAUCCACGGGCUGUUCCUAGAGGGAGCGCGCUGGGAUUCCGCACAGGCAGAGCUCAGUGAAUCGCGGCCCAAGGAGCUGUACACGGAGAUGGCUGUCAUCUGGUUACUGCCUGUGGCAAACCGCAAAGCUCCUCAGACUGGGAUCUAUAUCUGCCCCAUUUACAAGACUCUGACACGAGCAGGGACGCUGUCCACCACAGGACACUCCACCAACUAUGUGAUAGCUGUGGAAUUGCCAACCUCACAGCUUCAGAGACACUGGAUCAAGCAAGGAGUGGCAUUAAUCUGUGCGCUGGAUUAUUAACAAGGCAGCCUCCAGGAAAUUAACCAAACUACACGCAACUCCAGCUCCUUUCACUUGUCAUAAUUUUGGAGUUAAAAGAUUUGUACUUUGAUUUUUCUUUUGAGUAAUUUAAUUCCUCACAUCUUCAUUCGCGAAAAGCUGUCUUUGUUUUACACAACUCUCCUGAAAUAAACCCAAGUUAUUUCAAUUAA